AUUUUAAACUUCGCUCUGGCAACACUGCAUUUAUCUCUGGAUACAUUACAUAACCUCAAAAACGACAUUUUCGUCAAAACAGCACCAGAUAUUUAUUCUUACAAAAAUGUUUUCGUACAGUGUAUUUAAAAGGGUUUCACAAAAAACAAAACAAUUCGUACGCUAUAAACAUCGACCAGACCAUUGGGUAUGAUUUUCAUUUGGUUCUCCUAUUAACAAUUUUCUAUGAUAAUCCUGUUUUUAGUCUAUUUUACGUAAAAAAAUACACCCCAUAGACAAAGCAUUGAAUCAUAUGGACGAUUUCUACAAGCAAGUGUUUAAUGAAAAGUGGCUCAGAAUAAGAAAGGCUAUGUUGGGUAAGCAGAAAUAUGUUGCUGUUAUAAACAACUUCGGUGAUGAUACAGAAGCAAUGCAAAGCUUGGAACUGACUGGUGCUUUGAAUAUGAGGACAUUAUUUAGUCUAGAACAGGGCUACAUAAAAGAAGAGAAACUCAAAAAUAUGAAUAAUAAAGCUAUGGAUAAAAUCUUGAGAUUAGAUGAAGAGUUGGAACAGAAAAUACAAAAUAAAAUUGAGAAAGAAGCAAAUGAAUCAGCAGCACAAGAAAAGCCUACAGCAUCGGAUUUUUCAUUGGCCAGUAGUCUUGAGAAAGCCAAAUUUGACACAAGAAGACUCAUAGAUAUCAAAGAUCCUUUAUCAACUGAAGCAUUACAUGAAUUCUUACCUGCUACAGAAAUUAAGGGUAGAGAAGAUUUCAUACCAGAAUCGAAUCACUAUAAGAUGUAUGAUCCUGAAACCCAUUUUAGUGUUAAAAUGGAAAAAGAAUAUGAUUUACCCUUCCCAGAUCAUUUGAACAUUUAUUGUUAUGAGAGAGACAAUAAAAGUGAUUUUGACUCGCCCAAAAGGGGCUGCACAGAUGUUUUUAACUAUUAUUUAAUGGAUGGAGGAUCGAUUCUACCUAUUUUAGCUCUUGAUCUAAGGCCAGGAAAUAGGUUUCUAGAUAUGUGUUCUGCACCUGGUGGGAAAAGUCUUCUAGCUUUACAAACUUUUUUCCCAGAUGUUGUGGUUUCAAAUGAUUCAUCGCUUUCAAGGUUGAACAGAGUACGAAGUGUUUACAGUCAAUUUUUAUAUGAUUUUCAAGAGAAAUGGGUGAAAACUGGCAAGAUUCGGCUGACCAAUAGAGAUGGAAGAAUCAUUUCUGAAGAAGAAUAUGACAGAAUCCUCGUUGAUGUCCCUUGUACAACAGAUCGUCACUCUCUACAUGAAAAUGAAAACAACAUUUUUAAACCUUCAAGAAUAAAAGAGAGAUUGAAUUUACCAGAACUACAGAAAGAGUUAUUAGUAAAUGCCUUGAAAUUGGUAGAAAGAGGUGGUAUUGUUGUAUACUCUACAUGCUCACUCAGUCCAAUUCAAAACGAUGGAGUUGUCCAUGUAGCUCUGAAACAGAUUUGGGAAGAGACGAAUAUGGAAUUUGUAGUAAAGUGAGUAGAACGCCAUUUUUGAAGCUAACACUGGAAAAUCUGAAAUUUCUAUUUUAGGGACCUAUCUCCUGCUUUGCUGCAAACUAGGAGUGUCUUUGAGAUAGCAGGCAAAGGGUUGCUAAGAUAUGGGCACCUAGUCUUACCCAAACCAUCGCAGAACUAUGGCCCAACUUAUUUUUGUAAAUUGCAGAAAAUAAAAUAAGUUUCAUUUUUAAAUUUGAAUUUUACUUUGUUGUUACGUCUGCGCAAUGUCAAACAUGGAACUGUUAUAUAUUCUCCGCAUGGAACAUAAAGC